UGAGACCAUAGAGUCGCGGAUGGCUAGAGAGACUAUGGAAAGGCGAUGCGCCGAGGAACCUCGUCUUCCGGCCUCCCAACGGAGGGGAGCGGCGGCGGCUGGGCUUUCUCCCGGGUCGAAGCGGCGGCUGGAAGGCAAAGGAAAUGCCAACAAGAGCCUUCUGGACGGCAGAGAAUCAGAAGCAGCUUUAAAAAGGAAAGCAAAUCUGGAACAUCUGGCAAAGGGAAUGCCAAGAAGAGCCUUUUGGACGGCAGAGAAUCAGAAGCAGCUUUAAAAAGGAAAGCGAAUCCGGAACAUCUGGUAAACAACGUCUUUUUCCUUUCCUCCAGAAUACCACAAAACUCUUCUCUUUCCCCAGCCAGUAAGAGACAAGAGAGAAAAAAAUAGGAAAAGAGUUUUGCGCCAAUAAACAAUUAUUAUAUGUGGAACUCAAGAAAACAUUAUAUGAAAAAUAAAGGUGGAACACUUUCAGAUUCAGAAAAAGAGGAAAUAUCUAUAAGUCUGUGGGGAGGAAGAGCUCAUUCCAGACAAUAAUGCAGGGUCACCCUGUGAGGAAACAAACAGCUUGAACCAUUCCAGAAGAGAUCACAAAUAUUUUUGACCACCUCAAGAAUCUAAGGCUAUCAGUGGUGUAGAUAUGCAUAUAGUGGGAAAAACACAGAUUGCAAAGUAGAGCUGAUUAUGCAUCAAAGGAUCCUCACAGGUGAAAAACCAUACAGAUGCUCUGAAUGUGGCAAAGUCUUUCGCUACACUUCUCAACUUAUUGAGCAUAAAAUAACACAUACUGGAGAAAAGCCCUACCAGUGCCCACAGUGCAACAAAAAGUUUAGUAAGCAUGCCAACCUGGUGAGACAUCAGAGGACACACACUGGAGAGAAACCAUUUGAAUGUCCCGAUUGUGGGAAAAGUUUCAGUCAGAUCUCUUACCUGGUGAUACACCAGAGGACACACACAGGAGAGAAAGCAUAUGAGUGUCCAGAUUGUGGGAAAUGUUUCAGUAACAAUUCCAACCUGGUGAUACACCAGAGAACUCACACAGGAGAGAAACCAUAUGAGUGUCCGGAUUGUGGGAAAAGUUUCAAUCAGAACUCUUAUCUGGUGAUACACCAGAGAACUCACACGGGCGAGAAACCAUAUGAGUGUCCAGAUUGUGAGAAAAGUUUCAAAAAUAAUUAUAACCUGGUGAGACACCAGAGGACCCACACUGGGGAGAAACCCUUUGAUUGUCCUGAUUGUGGAAAAAGUUUCAGUCAGAAUUCUGACCUGGUGAUACACCAGAGGACUCACACGGGUGAGAAACCAUAUGAGUGUCCGGAUUGUGGAAAAAGUUUCAAAAUUAAUUCCAAACUGGUGAUACACCAGAGGACUCACACAGGAGAGAAACCAUAUGUGUGUCUAUACUGUGGGAAAAGUUUCAGUCUAAAUUCUUACUUGGUGAUACACAAGAGGACACACACUGGAGAGAAACCAUAUGAGUGUCCAGUUUGUGGGAAAAGUUUCAAUCAACAUUGUAACCUUGUGCAACACCAAAGUACUCACACAGGAGAGAAGCCAUAUGAGUGUCCAGAUUGUGGGAAAGCGUUCAGUUGGAAUUCUGACCUGGCGAGACACCAGAGGACUCACACAGGAGAGAAACCAUAUGAGUGUCCAGAUUGUGGGAAAACCUUUAGUCGUAAUUCCUACUUGGUUAUACACCAGAGAACUCACACUGGGGAAAAACCGUAUGAGUGUACAGAUUGUGGGAAAAGUUUCAGUAAUAAGUCUAAUCUUCUUAAACACCAGAGGACUCACACAGGAGAGAAACCAUAUGAGCGCCCAGAGUGUCAGGAAAGUUUCAGUUGGAAUUCCCACCUGGUGGAAUAAUAGGGAACUGAUACAAAAGAGACCUUUGAAUGUCCCAAUUGUGGGAAAGCUUUCACAAGUAGGUCUAAUCUAAUAAAUCAUGUCAGUUUACACACAGAUCAAAAGCCAUUCAGAUGCCCAGUCACAAUUCUACUAUUAUUAAGAGUACUCAUACAGGAGAAAAACCAUCAGCUUUCUGAUUGGAAGGAAAGCUUGAUGGGAUCUUAGAAAACUUUUAAGAGUUCACAAAGAUAAAGGUAAAGGUUACCCUCGCGCAUAUGUGCUAGUCAUUCCCAACUCUAGGGGGCGGUGCUCCUCUCUGUUUCAAAGCCGAAGAGCCAGCGCUGUCCGAAGACGUCUCCGUGGUCAUGUGGCCGGCAUGAGUAAACGGCAAAUGCACACGGAACGGAAUGCAAGGAUAUACAUUGCUUGUUUUCAUUAUUUUCAGCCAAAGAUCCAAGUUUAUUUAGAGACUGAACGAGAAGAAAUGCUCAGACACGAUAUUUGCUUGCAAAAAUCAAUGAAUUAGUAAAUGAGAAUUAGGAUUUCAACAAGAGUUUUCUGAAAGCAUAGAAAGAAACUAAAUAUAACUAUGUAUAAUUAGAAUUUUCCUAAGGCAUCAAACCAUUCUUAUUGUAUCCAAUUUGAUAUAUUACAGAAAGAUACGAGUCCUGGAGGCGUAAUGGUUAGAAUGUACUAUUGCAGAGACAGUAACCAUUCCAAGAUACUGGUAGUCCUUGAGUUACAACCAUUCAUUUAAUGAGCAUUCAAAGUUACAACGUUACUGAAAAAAGUGAGUUAUGACCCUUUUUCAUACUUAGAAACAUUGCAGCAUCAACAUUCAGAUGCUUGGCAACUGAUGGUUGCAAUGUCCUGGGGUUAUGGGAUCCCCUUUUGUGACCUUCUGACAAGCCAAAUCAAUGGGGAAGCCAGAUUCACUUAACAACUGUGUUACUAGUUUAACAGCUGCAGUGAUUCAGUUAACAAAUGUGGCAAGAAUGGUGAUAAAAUGGGACAAAACUCACUUAACAACUGUCUCGUUUAGCAACAGAAAUUUUGGGCUCAAUUGUGGUUGUAAGUUGAAGACUACCUGUAAUAAAAACAGUUGCCUUGCCCCGCCUGGAUACUAAUAUUCUGCAGUAAUAUUUCUAAAGAUACAUUAUUUCAUGAGAGUCAUUCAUUUUGUGAUGAUAGGCCCUAAUUGCCCCUCUGUGUGGACUAUUUGCUGUAGUUAAUUGACGAACUUAGUUACUUGGGACUCUGAGAUGGAUGGCAUACAAAUUUAAUUGCUGCAGCCAGCAACAAUCUCCAAUCGACCAGUGUGUUCCCACAGACAGGGCCUCCUUAGGGUGCCGUCUGCCAGACAAUGUCAGCUGGCCACCCCCGGGGGGAGAGUUUUCUCUGUGGGCACACCCACCUUUUCGAACCAACUUCCUUUGAAUGGCCCCUGACCUUCGCUCGUUUCGCCGUGAUUUGAAGACCUGGUUAUUUCGUAGCCUGGACUGAUGGGGGGGGGGGAGUUUCUUAAUAGUUUUUAAAUUGAUUUUAAAUUGUUUAAUUCGGACUUUUUAAUUUAAUAGUGUAUUAAUGUUAUUGUGUAUUUUACUGUUGUGAGCCGCCCUGAGUCCAUUGGAGAUAGGGCAGCAUAUAAAUCACAUUAAACUUAAACUUAAUAAGUAAAUAAAUGUGAAUAUACUUAGAAUGCAGACGGACAAAUGCACAGUAAGUAUUAUUUUGUGGUUCUUUGGUUGUUUGAAAAUAUAUGAUAGGUUUUAAUGCCUUCAUUUCAUGUAAAAUAUAAAUAAUAUACAGAUGUGGAUAAUUUUUAAUGACCGUGUUUUAAAUAUUUCUAGAAAUGUCUUCCUCAAAGAAAAGUCUAAAUAAUGUUGGUUGUCUGUUCCACUACAGUUUAAUUCUUGUUCUCCAGGGUUUUCUUACCUGCAGGUGAAAUAUUUCAAAUGGUGCGCUGGAGCUCUCACCUCACAAUCAGGAGGCUGUGACUUUGAUCCUAGGUAGAGGCAGAUAUUUCUCUCUGUACACAAUGGGACUAUAUCUGCUGCAAACUCUGCAUUGGUGACAGGAACGGCAUCUGGCCAGUAAACACUCAGCUCCAUUCAGUUGCCCUGACUCCACCCCGCAAGGAAUACAUUACAAGGUCAUUAAAUGACAGAGAAAUAGAUAAAAGAAUUCCAGGUUAAUUGACAGAUUUGAGAUCGCUAAUAACUGCAAGCCCUGCAUUUUGGGGAACAGACUGGACUCUGCCCAAUAGCCAAGUUGGUUGGUAUUAGGAAAUUAUACAGCUUGUAUCCAUAUUAAGACAGAGACACUGACGGUAGUUUUAUAUAAAUUAUUUAAUAUCUAUAUUUAAAACAAACAAGAUAGGCACAUCGCUACAUCCUGAGAUAAAUCAGGUAAAUCUCAGAACAGCAUACAGAGCACACAGAAGAAAAAGGCGGGAAAAAAGGGAAAGGCCCCCUUUACACCCAACAACCAAUCAUAAUGUAGACAGCCUCAUGCAGGAUCCCACAUUCUUCAACCAAUCAACUCUCACUGGGUGUUCUGGUCCACUAUGCACUUUACUGUUCCAGCUUUUAAAUUAAAUAUCUGAAGAGCUGGUCUCCAAACAGGCUUGAACUGUUGGCAUGAAAUGUCGUUUAGAGAGUUUCUGUUUAGAAUUCUAUCUAGCCAAUCUUGCUUCUUUCAACAUCUUCCCCUCAGGACACCAAAACAACUAGACACAAAGAUAGUUUCUUCCCUCAUGCCAUCACUCUACUAAACAGCCAACUCCUACACUACUGUCUUCAAUGGUGGGUUUCAAAAAUUUUUACUACUGGUUCGGGGUGUGUGGCUUAGUGGGCAUGGCAGGGGAAGUAUACUGUAAAAUCUCCAUUCCCUACCCAAUCCAGGGGAAGGUUACUGCAAAAUCCCCAUUUCCUCCUGAUCAGCUGGGACUCAGGAGGCAGAGAAUAGAUGGGGGCGGGGCCAGUCAGAAUUUUUACUUCUGGUUCUCCGAACUACUCAAACUUUCCGCUACCGAUUCUCCAGAACUGGUCAGAAGCUGCUGAAACCCACCUCUGACUGUCUUCUGCCCAAAGGCUUUAUGGCUAUUAUCCUUGUCUUUUUAUCCUUCUCAUGUUUCCUACUACCUUUUCCUAUCAGUAUAUUAUGUGAUCAAUUAUUGUAUCUUAUGAUUUAUGAUUGCCUUAUGAUGUAUGACUAUCACUUUGUAUGUACACUGAAAGCGUAUGCACCGGAGACCAUUUUCUUGUGUGCAAAGCAUCCUUGGCCAAUAAAGAAUUGUAUUCUAUUCUUUCCAA